GGGAAGAGGAAAACGCUGGAUUGAUUUUCCCAUCCCUCAACAAAAUCUGCAUCUAUAAACAAGGGUAUAGCUGAGUAAUUUCCCCUUUUCUGAAACCAGUUUUGUUCCUGGAAUCAUCUUUUCUCURGUCAGAAUACAGAGGGAGGCUGCACCCAAGACAAGUUUUCUCAGAGCCAGGACACAGGAGCAGAGUCCAGGAGGCUUUUGUGACUGCACAGACAGGACCACWCUACUCACUGAUUCCCCUCACUGCUGACAUGUUGGAAGAGGAUAAUGAUGAGAUCUGUUGGAAUAACCUGGAGAACUUCCGUGUGAAGCUGAUCUCUGUGAUUGACCCUUCCCGGAUCACCCCGUACCUGCGCCAGUGCAAAGUGCUCAGCCCUGACGAUGAGGAGCAGGUUCUCAAUGACCCCAGCCUGGUCAUGCGCAAGCGGAAGGCAGGUGUUCUCCUGGACAUUCUUCAGCGAACGGGACACAAGGGCUUUGAGGCGUUUAUGGAGAGUCUCGAGCUUUAUUAUCCACAGCUGUACAGGAAAAUAACUGGCAAAGAACCCAGCAGGGUUUUCUCUAUGAUUAUAGACACGGCUGGGGAGUCUGGCCUGAGCCACGUGCUGAUGAACGAGAUCAUGAAGCUGCAGAGCGCGGUGCAGGAGGAGCGGCGCAAGGCGCAGGAGCUGACGGUGUGGCUGCACUCCAAGGAGGACACCAUCAGGGAGAUGUGGGUCAGGGACAGCCUGCUCCGCAAGCACCAGGAGCGCGCCCAGAGGAUGAAGGAGGAGAGGGACAGCCUGAGCAAGGAGCUGCGCAAGUGCAAGGACGAGAACUACAGCCUGGCCCUGAGCUACGCCAAGCAGAGCGAGGAGAAGAGUGCAGCCCUCAUGAAGAACAGGGACCUGCUGCUACAGAUCGAUCAGCUGAAGCACAGCCUCAUGAAGGCUGAGGAUGACUGCAAGCUGGAGAGGAAGCACACGAUGAAGCUGAAACAUGCCAUAGAGCAGCGCCCCAGCCACGAGGUGGUGUGGGAGAUCCAGCAGGAGAAGGAGCUGCUCUUGGCCAAGAACCAGGAGCUGGAAAACACUCUCCAGGUUGCCAGGGAGCAGAAUUUGGAGAAGAGCCUCUCCAAGGAGACUCUGGAGAAUGACUGCAGCCAGAUCCUGGAGGAACGGCGGGAGCUGGUGAACACCAUUUACAGCCUGCGCAAGGAGCUGCGCCGAGCCAAGGUGCUCCAAGACAAAUUUGAAGAGGAAAAAGAGAUGCUGGAGCUACAGUGCACAUCUCUGAGGAAGGACUCCCAGAUGUACAAAAAACGGAUUGAAGCUGUUCUGCAGCAGAUGGAGGAAGUGGCUUCGGAAAGAGAUCAGGCUCUGCUGACCCGGGAGCAGUUCCACAUGCARUAUUCCAAGAACCUGGUGGAGAGGGACGCUUAUCGCAAGCAGAUCCGGGAGCUGGGGGAGAGRUGUGACGAGAUGCAACUGCAGCUCUUCCAGAAGGAGAGCCAGCUCCUGGCCACCGAGGCCAAGCUGAAAAGGCUGCAACUGGAGCUGCCCACACCGACCUCUGACCUGGAUGACACCUCCUCCAGAGAUUCCCAGGAACUUACUCUUCACAUCCAGGAUGAAGACACACAGACAGCUAAAAAAGAUUGCCUGCAAAGACCAAACCAGGAGCUCAGCCCUCAAGUGACCAAUCUGCACCCAAAAUCACCAAGUGAUUGUGGCUUGGCCAACGAGGAACUGGCAGAAAAGGAGAGGAGGAGGAUGAAGGACUGCUUUGAGCGUUACCGAAGGUCUGGGCUGCAAAAAAGAGCAAUGAGAAGAGCACCCAAGGACCGACACCAUGAGGCAGAUUGGGAGAACACCUCGGGCAGUGACAACACCGACACCGAGGGCUCCUGAGACAGGGACAACACCGACACCGAGGGCUCCUGAGACAGGGACAACAUCGACACCGAGGGCUCCUGAGACAGGGACAACACCAAAGGAACCACCCUCACCAAUCUCUGAGGGAAACACCAGCCUGUAGACGGUGGCUGUGCCUCUCAAUUUCACUCUCAGUGGACUGUUUAGAUUUUAAAACCAACAAGCACUUAUGAAAAGUUCUAUAGUGACACUAUUUAGCUCU